AUGACGGGAGCAGAAGAAAUCGAUGUCCUGAGCAUCGACGCCAGAGCCCUUCAAACCCUGCUGGAGAAUGGAAAAGUGACCAGUCUCGACCUGGUGAGACGCUACGUCGCCCAGAUCGAGCGUUUCGACGGAAACCUCCACGCUAUGAUCCAAACAACCUCUACGGAGAUCCUCGAGAAGACAGCCAAAUCGCUUGACGAGGAGCGAGCAUCGGGCAAGAUUCGGAGUCCCCUCCACGGCAUCCCCAUCACGAUCAAGGACAACAUCGCAACACAUCCGAGUUUCGGCCUUCCGACGAGUGCCGGAAGCUUCUCGCUUCUAAGCUCCAAGCCUCGGAGAAAUGCCAAGAUCAUCGACCAACUUGUGGAUGCGGGUCUCAUCAUCAUUGGAAAGGCGAAUCUCAGCGAAUUUGCAAAUGCUCGAGGCAGCGAUAUGCCAAGUGGAUGGUCCGCCGUCGGGGGACAGACGCAGCCCGCCUAUGUCCCAACUGGGCUUGACCCUGAAGACCCAAGCCAAGGUCACUCGAACCCCUCAGGAUCUUCCGGAGGAUCAGCCGUAUCCGUGGCUGCCGGAUACGCACCGUUUUCAAUCGGCACAGAAACGGAUGGAUCGCUCGUAUGCCCCUCUGGCCGAGCAGCGUUGUAUACUAUCAAGCCGACAAUUGGACUUGUUUCUCAAGAGGGCAUCAUCCCUAUAUCCAACCUAUUUGACUCAGCUGGACCGAUGACGAAGUCCGUUGGUGAUCUGGUUGAUAUUUUAGAUAUCCUAGCCUCGAAAAAUCCUGAAGAGUCAUUUACGAAAAGCUUGACGGGAUCGUGGUCAGACAUUUCUGUUGCAGUUCUUGACCCUUCUGUAUGGAAAUCUGACAGCAUUCAAAACAAGCCGGCUGAGGAAACGGAGGCACAGAUGAGUCGGGAUGCCCGUCUAGCCUACGAUAUUAUCAAACAAAAAUCGAAGAAGUUUGUGGAUAAUGUUGAUUUAAUCUCGACCAAAGAGUUCGUGCUCGACGAUCAAAACAGCGAAUUGUUGAUUUGGCUGGUGGAUAUGAAGCGAAGCCUCGGGGAGUACCUGCAAGACCUUGAAGAGAGCGAAGUCAGAUCGCUCGCGGACGUGAUCGAGUACAACAACAAACAUGCCGACAUUGAACUCCCUCCAACCCACCCACGACAAGACUUCUUUACCAAGGCCGAGGACCAAACCACCUCUCCCGCAGAGUACGAGCGGCAUCUGGCCCAUCUCAGAGAGGUCGCAAGGGAUCGGGGAAUUGAAAAAGUGCUUCAAGAGCACGGAGUUGAUGUUAUCAUCGGUCCGACAGACAGCAACUUAAGAUCUUUAGCUGCAGCUGGGGGAUACCCUGUCUGUGGAAUGCCUCUUGGAUACUUGGACUACAAUAAUCGGCCAUUUGGGAUGUCAGCCGUGGCAGGGAGAGGACAGGACGCCCUGCUAGUGAAAGUCAUGAGCGCUUGGGAAACAACAAUGCCUCCUCGAAGGUCCCCUCACUGGCUUGCAUAG